GAAAUGCUUUGAAUACUUGCGACAUGGCCGCUCACAUUGAUUGCCAAGAUUGACAGCUCUGCGUCGUCUUCUCUUGUCUCUGAGAGAGAGGGAGAUAAAGAGGAUAGAUAACAACAAAAGCUCCUUGCAGUUUUGACAAUUAAACUUCAUAGAAAGAACGGGAUCCCCUCAUAUAGCCAGUGGGAACCACAACAGACUUUAGUUCUCUUUCCUUUUCUCUACAGAUAGUAAUCGUUAUGUUUUAACAUAAUAUAGCGCGAAACACACGACUCGGGAUACGAUACCGUCGGGACCUGCAUCUCUCUUUUCUCGGCUGAUCUCAAGGACUAUCUGCACGUGGACUUGUGGUUUUGCGAGAGAGAAAAACAUUUCCGAACUGGAUCCGGCAUAAAGAUAUCGACUCCCUGACGCAUAUGGUGCCAAUCACUUUCAUGAGUUCAGAAUCAACUAACCAGUGAUCGCUGGGUGCUGGGGGUUUAGUCUUUCUGUUUGUAACCCCACACGCUGACAUGGAGGGCUUUCUUCGUAGCAGCUUUUUACUGAGCAGAAUAAUGUCUUCCAAGCAAGCCACCUCUCCAUUUGCCUCCGUCGCCGAUGGGGAGGAAGCCAUGAGUCAGGACCACCUGUCCUGGGAUAAGGAGGAGAGUGCCGAGACCCACGGGACACCCCAGCUGCCCCUGCACAGCCUGCUCCACAGCAAGGGCUCCAUGGACGAACUGCAGCCCCUCAGCAGUGUCCCUCCAGAGAGUGACUGGGACAGCAUGGUGUCAGCCCAGCAGCGCAUGGAAUCUGACAGCAAUAAAGUAUGUUCCCUGUACUCCUUCCGGAAUAACUCAACCUCCCCACACAAGCCUGAGGAGGGGGCCCGGGAGCGCGGCGACCUGCUGAGCGGAUCUGCGUUCGGAACUCCGGAGCGCCGCAAAGGAAGCCUGGCCGACGUGGUGGACACACUGAAGCAGAAGAAGCUGGAGGAGAUGACAAAGUCAGAGCAAGAUGAAUCCAGUUGCAUGGAAACACUUCUGUCAAAAGACUGGAAAGAGAAGAUGGAAAGGCUCGACACCGGUGAUCUUCUGGGAGAAGUUAAAGGUACUCCAGAGAGCCUGGUAGAGAAGGAGCACCAGCUGAGCACCAUGAUCACUCAGCUGAUCAGCCUGAGAGAGCAGCUCCUGGCCGCUCACGAUGAGCAGAAGAAGCUGGCCGCCUCACAGAUGGAGAAACAGCGACAGCAAAUGGAGCUGGCCCGCCAGCAACAGGAACAGUAUUAUGAAGAAGGGUGUUCCAUGAUUGCCAGACAACAGCAGCAGCUUCUGCAGCAGCAGCACAAAAUCAAUAUCCUCCAGCAGCAGAUUCAGGUCCAGGGUCACAUGCCUCCGCUCAUGAUCCCUAUUUUUCCACACGACCAGCGCACCCUGGCAGCAGCCGCCGCAGCCCAGCAGGGCUUUCUCUUCCCACCGGGAAUCUCUUACAAGCCAGGUGACAACUACCCGGUGCAGUUCAUUCCAUCCACAAUGGCAGCUGCGGCAGCAUCAGGACUCAGCCCCCUCCAGCUUCAGCAACUGUAUGCCGCCCAGCUUGCCAGCAUGCAGGUCUCUCCUGGAGCCAAGAUGCCGCCACUCCCCCAGCCUCCCAACAACAGCGGGCCCAUCUCUCCCUCCGGCCUGAAGAACGACAAGAGAUGCUCCAGCCCUAUCACUCAAGUCAAGGAGGAGGGAACGCAGCCUCUCAACCUGUCCGCCCGGCCCAAGACGGCAGAGCUGGUCAAGUCCCCCACAUCCCCCACACACAGCCUGUUCACAGGCAGCAAGACCAGCCCCAACAGCCUGUCCAAGAGCGGCAUCCCCAGUCCCCUCGGAGGCAUGGGCCGUGGGUCUUCUCUGGACAUCCUGUCCAGCCUGAACUCCACAGCGCUGUUCGGGGACCAGGAUGCGGUGAUGAAGGCCAUCCAGGAGGCCAGGAAGAUGAGAGAACAGAUCCAGAGAGAGCAGCUGCAGCACCACCAGCAGGGCAUGGAGGCCAAGCUCUCUGCCCUCACAGGCAUGGGCCUCAACAACUGCAGCAGGGCUGACAAGAGCUGGUUCACUGAGUACAUUGAGCGGGCACACUUUGAGAGCCUUGGUCACCACCUUAGCAAACUGGGAGAGGAUGGCAAAAUUGGCCACAGAGUCAUUGACCUCACCAGGCCAGAGGAUCUGGAUGGGUGGAAAGCUCUGAAUGGCUCUGGUACCGGAGCAGAUAAACCACAACAGUAUUAUUGUUGGCCUACAGGAGGUGCCAGCACAGCCGAGGCACGGGUCUACAGAGAAGCCCGGGGGAGGAACAGCAACGAGCCCCAUAUCAAGAGACCCAUGAACGCCUUCAUGGUGUGGGCCAAAGAUGAGCGCCGCAAGAUCCUCCAAGCCUUCCCAGACAUGCACAACUCCAACAUCAGCAAGAUCCUGGGCUCUCGCUGGAAGUCUAUGACCAACCAGGAGAAGCAGCCGUUCUAUGAGGAGCAGGCCCGUCUCAGUAAGAUCCACCUGGAGAAGUACCCCAACUACAAGUACAAGCCCCGGCCCAAGAGGACCUGCAUCAUCGACGGGAAGAAGCUCCGCAUCGGCGAGUACAAGCAGAUGAUGCGCUCGCGACGGCAAGAGAUGAGGCAGUUCUUCACUGUGGGGCAACAACCGCAGAUCCCCAUCAGCACCAGCGCCGGCGUGGUCUACCCUGGGGCCAUAACCAUGGCAACGACCACACCCUCCCCUCACAUGACGUCGGAGUGCUCCAGCGCCUCAGCAAGCCCGGAGCCGGCCAUUCCCGUCAUCCAGAGCACCUACAACAUGAAGAUAGAGCCCAGUGCCAUGUUAACCAAUGACCCCAUCAUCAACAGAGAGGUAGAUGAGAUGGACAUGUACGAGGACUUUGACGAGGAGCCCAAAUCGGACUACAGCAGUGAGACUGAGACACUGGAGCCCAUCGUCAGCGCCAACUGAGGCCUCUCAACACCUGAGCCGGGACAUACACACAUUCAUACUGGAGAACCAUCCCCAGGGCGGAAGACAGACUGAAGGAGGAGAAACAAAAGAACAAAAAAAUCCAGAACAAAAAGAAAUGGUUGUGUUGAUGCAUCAUUUAGGAGCCUGCAUGCAUAUGUGGCUCCGUCAGAAUCAACAGCUAAAGGUCUUAAAUGUUUCUUACAGUGUGUGAAGCAGUUUGGUUUAGUUCCUUUUGUUUUUUAUUAUCUCAUCUUUUAUUUUUUGUGUUUUGUUCAUGGACAUAUACACAAUUAGGUUAUUGCCCAUACAACUUUGGAUGACAGGACUUGAAAUGUAACGUUUGAUAUGAACCCAUAAUUCUUACAGUCUUACUUUUUUUCUUAUGAUAUAUAUAUAUAUUAUUAUUUUUCUCUUCAGUUAAAUGCUUUUGAUAGAUUUCAUUACUGUUUUUGAUGGGAGUUAUAUAUUCUCACUCAGGUAUGCUGUGCCAGCCAACAGCUUGUGAAUGUUUUAAAUACGAAUUUAUUUGAAACUAUUUAGAAAACAAAAUAUUUGGAAAUUCCUAUUAACUAAAAACAAACAAACAGAACAAUUCCACAAUUCUGGGACAUAAUCAGACUCCCUUAUUAUUAAUUGUAUUAGUAUUAUCAUUAUUAUAAUUAUUAUUGGUAUUAUUAACAUACUGUACAAUUUUGUGCAGAUUUGCCAAACGUUUCAAGGUUUUUAUCUCUUAAAUAAUUUGUUUGAGUCUCGAGGGAGAGACUCGAGUCUAAGACAAUCUCUUAAUAUCUUUGUGCGGCUUCAAAAUCCAGUUUCUUUAUAUACCUUCUAUAUUGAAACACUCAGGAAUCUGGAGACAGUGUGCCGUGUCUAGGGCAGGAACAGGAAGUGAUGCAAUAGCUUCAGGUGUGGUUGUUCAUAAUGGCAGCUGUUCUCCAUGGAGACCAAUGCGGUGACCAACAGGACCUUCUCUCACUGUCCCUCUCCAGCUCAUGUCACCAGCCCAGUCUAACACAGAGCACUAUAACACUCCCCUCACACUCUCUGCUCAUUCUUCAACUCAGUCUUACCAAGUUCUUAAUCAGAGUGAUUGUAAUCAGGCCAGAAUUCCAAGGGGCCAAAGGCAUCCAAUCUGUGGGAUUGGAAAGGCAGCAAAAGGCAGCUUUGGGGGCAUUAUAAUCACAAAUUGCUGUUUUACAAUGUGUAGCUACAGUACAUUCGGUUAAACACUUUAGCCCCUACUGGGGCGGCAAGUUUUAAAGUCUUUGGUCUUAACAUUUUUUUUUUUUUUUUUAAUCUUAAGUAUUUUUUCGACAUUGUAAAUCUUAAAUUGACACGGGAAGGUCUUAAAGCAGAGUUAACUACUGCAGCAGUCUUAAGAGAAGAGGCAGUGUGUGAGGGAAUAACAUUGUGCUUUUAUUAAAGGAGGGUUACAGACAAGGUAUUACAUUUUAACGAGUCAUAUUAAACACAACAGUAUUUCAUAAGCCACACCAAAGCUGUGAUGGUGAUUCUCUACAUUCAAGCACUUAGAUAUUAACACUUACUACUUCAUUUUUCAACUGAGUUAAUAUGUUAUAUUGAACAAAAUGUUUGUUGUUUUAUAAUGGCCAGUUGCCUAUUUUACAUAAAGUUAAAUGUAAGUAUUUUAGAGCAAUUGAAAUUGCACUUCUGUAUUUUAUUUACAUACAGACAAUGAGUAUGAAAUAUAACACAAUCAAUCAGCUCUUAAUCUUGUGACAAUCAGUCACAAACUGAAAGUCCUUUAUCUCUUGAAUGGUCCUUUUACCAGUUGAACAGAUCCCAGGUUGUUACCUAUGGAGAAACAUCUAGAGAUGGCCAGCAGUCAAGGCCUUACUGUCCAUAAUGUAGCCCUCCUACAGGCCAGAAGGACUAAGUGCCUCCCUCUCUGCCCUGCCCUGUCUCGACCCCUUCCCAUGGCAACCCCCACACCCAGGGGGUGCCAUCUGGCUCAGAGUGGCAGGCAGCGCUAUGCUGGAGAGAGGAGAGAGGGGGAACAAUAAGGACGGGGAACGUAGCGCUUAUUGUGCUCUCCAUCAAAGCACAGACAGUGAGGCCUCCACCCUGGCUCCCGCCCUGGCCCAGCCACUAGGCGCUGGCGAGCAGAUGGAACAAGUACAUCAAGCUGUGGGGGAUUACUAAAAUGACUGACGAGUGGAUAUCAUCUCAAAUGCAGCAUUAUUAAUGCAUGAGCCCGGCUAUUCUCCUCCCGUGCCCUUGAACCUGUCCAUUUCAGACCAAGCCCAGAGGUUUAAAAUGAUCUAAAUGGCUGGUCACCAGCGCUGGCUGUCUACAUGGCCAAGACUCCCUCCUACUGCUGGUCACUGCAUUACUCUCCCAGGUCUAAUUGAUACAGAUGGCUCUUUAGUACUUAAAAUUUUUCUCGACCCAUUCAGAGCUGGCUUUUAUUGUGUUGUGUCCACGUUUGAAGCAUUUAUCUUAAGUCUUAGAAGUUUUUAAGCACCUCAUUAUUAAUUUCCAUUUCGGUUUCUUUUUCUUUUUUUGGUUGGUUGGUUUCUUUGUUGCUAUUGUUGUUUUAAGGUACAAUGCUUUUUUCUAGGAUUUCCUCCCAUACACAAACCUAAACGGAUUUCCUCCCAUACACAAACCUAAACGGAUUUCCUCCCAUACACAAACCUAAACGGAUUUCCUCCCAUACACAAACCUAAACGGAUUUCCCUCCAGGUCCACAUGUCUAGGAUUUCCUCCCAUACACAAACCUAAACGGAUUUCCUCCCAUACACAAACCUAAACGGAUUUCCUCCCAUACACAAACCUAAACGGAUUUCCUCCCAUACACAAACCUAAACGGAUUUCCUCCCAUACACAAACCUAAACGGAUUUCCUCCCAUACACAAACCUAAACGGAUUUCCCUCCAGGUCCACAUGUCUAGGAUUUCCUCCCAUACACAAACCUAAACGGAUUUCCUCCCAUACACAAACCUAAACGGAUUUCCUCCCAUACACAAACCUAAACGGAUUUCCUCCCAUACACAAACCUAAACGGAUUUCCUCCCAUACACAAACCUAAACGGAUUUCCUCCCAUACACAAACCUAAACGGAUUUCCUCCCAUACACAAACCUAAACGGAUUUCCUCCCAUACACAAACCUAAACGGAUUUCCUCCCAUACACAAACCUAAACGGAUUUCCUCCCAUACACAAACCUAAACGGAUUUCCUCCCAUACACAAACCUAAACGGAUUUCCUCCCAUACACAAACCUAAACGGAUUUCCUCCCAUACACAAACCUAAACGGAUUUCCUCCCAUACACAAACCUAAACGGAUUUCCUCCCAUACACAAACCUAAACGGAUUUCCUCCCAUACACAAACCUAAACGGAUUUCCUCCCAUACACAAACCUAAACGGAUUUCCCUCCAGGUCCACAUGUCUAGGAUUUCCUCCCAUACACAAACCUAAACGGAUUUCCUCCCAUACACAAACCUAAACGGAUUUCCUCCCAUACACAAACCUAAACGGAUUUCCCUCCAGGUCCACAUGUCUAGGAUUUCCUACCAUACACAAACCUAAACGGAUUUCCUCCCAUACACAAACCUAAACGGAUUUCCCUCCAGGUCCACAUGUCUAGGAUUUCCUCCCAUACACAAACCUAAACGGAUUUCCUCCCAUACACAAACCUAAACGGAUUUCCUCCCAUACACAAACCUAAACGGAUUUCCUCCCAUACACAAACCUAAACGGAUUUCCCUCCAGGUCCACAUGUCUAGGAUUUCCUCCCAUACACAAACCUAAACGGAUUUCCCUCCAGGUCCACAUGUCUAGGAUUUCCUCCCAUACACAAACCUAAACGGAUUUCCUCCCAUACACAAACCUAAACGGAUUUCCCUCCAGGUCCACAUGUCUAGGAUUUCCUCCCAUACACAAACCUAAAUGGAUUUCCCUCCAGGUCCACAUGUCUAGGAUUUCCUCCCAUACACAAACCUAAAUGGAUUUCCCUCCAGGUCCACAUGUCUAGGAUUUCCUCCCAUACACAAACCUAAACGGAUUUCCCUCCAGGUCCACAUGUCUAGGAUUUCCUCCCAUACACAAACCUAAACGGAUUUCCCUCCAGGUCCACAUGUCUAGGAUUUCCUCCCAUACACAAACCUAAACGGAUUUCCCUCCAGGUCAACAUGUCUAGGUUUUUAAGCUGUUACUUCUGUUUUCUGGUUGAUUGGUUGAUUUGUACGUGAUUUGUACAUAUUUCUAUGUCCAUGCCUAACCAAUUCAGUGGGCUGGUAGUUACAAAAGGACUGUUGAUAGGACUGAAACUUGACUGCGCUUGUAUAACAAACAAAAACAAACAAAAAAACGAUGAACUUAUAUCUCGCAAGGAGACAAUGUUUUAUAAGUGUUAUAAGCACUGGAUAUAAAUUGUAUUUUUAUCAAUUCUGACUAAUGUGAAGCUGUUGUACCAGAAAAAAACCUGAAUGAACAAAAGUCCCGAUGAGUUGGACUCGUGGGCUCAUUCUCACAGUUCCCAGAUUUGAAUCAUUUUUCAGUCGUCUUGUUUUGUUUAUUUAUGCAAAGACAUGUGUAGUGAAUGAACACUUUGUCUAAGCUCCAGGGCCACCAAGGGGAGAGAGACAGCGCACGAGAGAGACUGAGCAGUAAACUCGACAGAAGGCUUGCAUAGUAACUGGUUAGCUGAGAAACACCGGAUUUCAGACACGCAUUUUAUUGGUCACAUAUGUUUUGUUUUGUAUAUUGUAUUUGAAGCUAUAUAGUGAGAAUAUACAUUUUAUUGUAUUUAUUAGCCACUGUUGGCUCUAAAAUUGUCAGUAGAACAUAAUGAAAGGACAAUCAGAGAGAAAAAAAAUAUGUUUAAUGAAUUGGAGCUUCAUUUUUCAAUAAAUUCACCAUUUCAUUAUAGAUUUUAUUGUAAAUACAACAUAGGAAAUAGAAUUAUAUUUUUGUUCAUAAGUACUUAGUGAAGUUUAAGUUAUGUAUUUGGCUGUUCUUUUUUUCUUCCUUUUUUACAUCAGUGUAUGUUGAUCCAUGUUCUUAAAACUGACAGGUCACUGUACGUCAUCUAGAUUCUGAUUAUUUCUCCCAGUUGAAGAGAGCAGUACUGGACUGUUGAGAGAGCAGUACUGGACGGUUGAGAGAGCAGUACUGGACGGUUGAGAGAGCAGUACUGGACGGUUGAGAGAGCAGUAUUGGACGGUUGAAGAGAGCAGUACUGGACGGUUGAGAGAGCAGUACUGGACGGUUGAAGAGAGCAGUACUGGACGGUUGAAGAGAGCAGUACUGGACGGUUGAAGAGAGCAGUACUGGACGGUUGAGAGAGCAGUACUGGACGGUUGAAGAGAGCAGUACUGGACGGUUGAAGAGAGCAGUAUUGGACGGUUGAAGAGAGCAGUACUGGACGGUUGAGAGAGCAGUACUGGACGGUUGAAGAGAGCAGUACUGGACGGUUGAAGAGAGCAGUACUGGACGGUUGAGAGAGCAGUACUGGACGGUUGAAGAGAGCAGUAUUGGACGGUUGAAGAGAGCAGUACUGGACGGUUGAAGAGAGCAGUACUGGACGGUUGAAGAGAGCAGUACUGGAAGGUUGAAGAGAGCAGUACUGGAUGGUUGAAGAGAGCAGUAUUGGACGGUUGAAGAGAGCAGUAUUGGACGGUUGAAGAGAGCAGUACUGGACGGUUGAGAGAGCAGUAUUGGACUGUUGAGAGAGCAGUACUGGACGGUUGAGAGAGCAGUAUUGGACAGUUGAAGAGAGCAGUACUGGAAGGUUGAAGAGAGCAGUAUUGGACGGUUGAGAGAGCAGUACUGGACGGUUGAGAGAGCAGUAUUGGACGGUUGAAGAGAGCAGUACUGGACGGUUGAGAGAGCAGUAUUGGACGGUUGAAGAGAGCAGUAUUGGACAGAGAUGUAGCUGAGAUAGACAGACAGGCCCCUUCUUGCUAGCGUUUCAAUGACCUCCCUCAGACAAUUCAAGGAGCCAAUCAAAACCCAAGCCGUACUCCUAAGCCUUAGACAUUAAGGACAAACAUUCUUUUUAUAAAUAAAUAACUUAAUUUGUAUCUAAUUACAUGCAAAGUCGGUACAAAUAAAGUACUCUGUAUCUUUCAUAGGGACAGUGCUAAAAUUCAUCUGAACAACAAGCAGUUAAGAUGCAUAUGUUUUUAUUAUACAACUUGCGUUUGCAAUCAUGACUCAAUCCUAGCGACAUACCUUAUCACUUGUGUUUUGUGUUUUUCACAGCCCUCAGUGGUUAUACUGUUAUGUGCCAAAUUUGAACGGAGGGGUUGACAGUAGCAUAAAUGAAUAGCUACAUUUUAAUUGCACAUCUGCAUGCAUUUGUUACAUUUAAAAUUAGAAUGACCCAAGAGGAUUUUAUUCAUUGGCAAGUUCUUGGGGAGCUGAAAUUGAAGGGAGUGUGCAAAUAUGUAUUCGUUUUAACGUGGCACAAUGCAGAGCCACUCGUGUGUAUUCUAGGCCUAUACUCUUUUUGUCCUUUUCUAUAUGUUGCUGACCUUUUUGAAGGUAGCCCAUCCAGCCAUCAGCAAAGUGUAGUCAUGACCUUUUCUAUGUGUUGCUGGCCUUUUUGAAGGUAGCCCAUCCAGCCAUCAGCAAAGUGUAGUCAUGACCUUUUCUAUGUGUUGCUGGCCUUUUUGAAGGUAGCCCAUCCAGCCAUCAGCAAAGUGUAGUCAUGACCUUUUCUAUGUGUUGCUGGCCUUUUUGAAGGUAGCCCAUCCAGCCAUCAGCAAAGUGUAGUCAUGACCUUUUCUAUGUGUUGCUGACCUUUUUAAAGGUAGCCCAUCCAGCCAUCAGCAAAGUGUAGUCAUGACCUUUUCUAUGUGUUGCUGACCUUUUUAAAGGUAGCCCAUCCAGCCAUCAGCAAAGUGUAGUCAUGACCUUUUCUAUGUGUUGCUGACCUUUUUAAAGGUAGCCCAUCCAGCCAUCAGGAAAGUGUAGUCAUGACCUUUUCUAUUAAUCCAUCUGUCUCUCAGCCAUGUAAAUGCGAACAAAAUUCAACAAUUGAAGACAAAGCUUGUAUGCUGUUUCAAUAACUUAACUUAACUGUAAUUAUUUUUUUUCUGUCAUUGAACUUUGUGAUGUAUAUGGUGGGAAUGUUCUCUGUGUUAAUUUAAUUAGCACAAUUCACUGACAUGCUGGACUGACAUGCUAGCUGCUGUUCAGGAGUGUAACAUUUGCUGUUGGGGACAACUUAUACAGUUGUCAAUGGUACUUUGCUUUCUAGAUUCAUUUUUUGUCUCUCAAGCAACACUGUGUGUGGCUCUUCUGUCGCUGGGGCUGUUGCUGUUUUGAAACCGCUGGCAGACUGAUACAGUUUUCUGCGUAGAAAUCAAUUUCUUGGCAGGUACCUAGGCCCAUGGCAGGUAUUGUUUGGGCGUAACUAGAGAAAAUGAAAUAGUGUCUGUUGCUGCUUUGAAAAAAAGUUUUAAUUCUGAAAAUGUAAAUAGUUUAUCAUAAUAUCUUGUACAGUCCAGUGUAAAGUUUUUAAUUGAACUUAAAAAAAGGUUGCCAUCACAUUUGUGUUCACUUUCUUCUUCAUACAGUACAAAAGGACAGCUACGUGCUGAGGAUAUUAUUGUUCAGAUAAAAAAGGAAAAGGUACUAAAAUAUUUUAUUUUGCUUGGCUUCAAAAUGUAAACCAGCAAGUCUUUGGUUUCCAUGUGCAGUAUUGACGUGAGGUAAACUUAAGGUGAAAUAAUUCUACAGUGGUAUGUAUUGGAGACCAGUCUCCUCUGUGUUGGUAGUAUUAAUACACUAUAUCAAAUAAAAUACACCAGAUGACUGACACAUUUGGGUGUAUCUAGGCACCUUAGUAAUGUGUGCAAAUAUCUAGGCUGUGUUCCCCACAGGAUGCAUUCAGGCAUAUUGUAAUGUAACAUCAUCUUUCUGUAUGUACUCAAUCCAUUGAUGUAACAAGGCAGGAGUGGGUUGUUUAACUGCCUGUUUAAGCUCAUUUACCUCAAGAGUUUCCUCCUUUUGCGUAAAAGAGUAAGAAAUUGUGUGACAAAGUCUCACCAUCACUCCCAUAUUUUGUACUGCUGUUGACACUUACAAAUUAAAGAGACAUUUUGUUUUAAGA